AGUAAACAAGGCUAUCAAAGGCCAAUGCUCUUUGUUAAAGGGCCUUUAGGAAAGGGACUUGUCUAGUUGUUUUUUUUUUUCACUAUUACAACCUCUCUCUCUCUCUAUAUUAGUACUCUCAAAAUUUAAAGCACUCUCUCACAUUUGAGAAGGAAGAUGUUGAAGUUGAGAUCAAAGAGGCUCUUCAAGAGUAGCUCUAAGCGCAAUGGAGGGAAAGUCAAUGCGGCCCAUAGCGAGGAAGGGGCUAAUGGUGACAUUGAAUGGGAGAUGAGGCCCGGAGGGAUGCUAGUUCAGAAGAGAGAGGGUGGGAGAGGUGAGAGUAAAGGGUUGAUCAUAGUUAGGGUUUCAACUGGCUCAUGUUGGCAUGAUAUCUCCAUUGCACCCACUUCAACCUUUGGGGAUCUGAAGAUUGUAGUGUCCAUGGCCACAGGGCUUGAGCCAAGAGAGCAGAGGCUUCUGUUCAAAGGGAAGGAGAGAGAAGAUGGUGAUCACCUUCACAUGGUAGGAGUGAGAGAGGGAGACAAAGUGGUACUAUUAGAGGACCCUGCUAUCAAAGAGAGGAAAUUGCUUGCCAUGAUAGCAAACCAAGCUAUUAUUGAAGUUUAAGGGCUGUGUACUUCUGCUUUCUGCAGUAUUAAUUAUGCUAACUAGGAGUGAGAUAUUAGUCUUUUAUUUCGAUGUCCCUCAAAGAAAAGAGAAGCUCCUGUAGUAAGUUUGUUUUUAUGGUAGGUAUAUAUAUAUAUAUGCUGAUUUGAAGUAGAAGAUUUCUCCUGAUCAUGUAUCUCCUUUAUGUUAAAAUUAAGCUCAAGGGGGAUUUGAUGGAAUUUGAAA